AUGAAGAAGGCGCAAGAUCGGCAGAAGAAGUAUGCAGAUCAGAACCGACGAGAAGUGAUUUUUACUAUUGGCGAUUGGGUAUACCUUAAGGUAUCCGCCCAAAAAGGUAAAGAUCGUUUUGGAAGAGUGGGGAAUUUAGCUGUGAGAUUCAUAGGUCCAUACCGAGUUAUUGGGCAUGUGGGAGAACUAGCCUAUCGCCUAGACUUACCGGCGGACAUGAAUCUACAUCUUGUGUUUCAUGUAUCUAUGCUACGGAGGCAUAUACAGAACCCAAAUGCUAUUGAGCCGGAGCGGGUAGAGGAGUUACAACCUAACCUUACCAUUCCAGAGGGUCCAAUGAGGUUAGGAAUCCGCCGACUCCGCAAGCUGAAAUCCCUCAAAUUCAAGUGUUUUGGGGAAGACAAAACCGUGAAGUGA